GAAGCGAGAGAUCAGUCUGGAAUUGCAGUGCUAAAAGCGUGAUUCGAGAAAUCAAAUCAGCAAGCCGGCGAGUCCAUCAUCUCUUCUGACCAGGCUCUCGUCUGCAUCGACCUGCCAUCUAAUUUCCUUUCCCUCUUGUCACCCUGGCACUUUUCUCUUCACGGGUUUCUCAGCUGUGCUGAACUGAUUCCAGUCCCCGUUCAAUCUCGUUCGUUUGCUACUACCGUGAAGCCACCAUGCAGGCUGCACAGUCUUCCAGCAGUGUCAACAGCACUCAAUCCACCAGCUCAACACCCAAAGAGAAACCCGCGGAUUACGUCUAUUUUGAACGUACCACUGCUGGCUUUUCUGACGAUGCCGUACCCCGGGCUAAAGCGGCGCAGCUCAAAUUGGAACAUUAUUACAAGGUUGCUGUAGAUGCUGCUAUUGAACGCAAUACACGGUAUGCUUUGACUGUUCUGUGCUGGCAUCGAUGGAAUGUGAACUCGAUUUCGACGUAUACGAUUUCUUUUUGUAGACGUGUAGAGUUGGAGAGGAAGUUGGCCGCUGAUACCACGAUGUCGGAUGAACGGAAACAACGCCAGUUGACGCAGCUUGGAAAGCGGGAAUCAGCAUUCCUACGGUUACGGAGGACGAAACUUGGCUUGGAUGAUUUCCGGACUGUAAAGGUCAUCGGAAAGGGUGCUUUCGGUGAGGUUCGGGUAGUGCAGAAGACGGAUACGGGAAAGAUUUACGCGAUGAAGACUCUGAAGAAGGAAGAGAUGUUGAAGAAGGACCAGCUUGCACACGUCCGCGCAGAGCGCGACGUCUUGGCAGAGUCCAACUCACCAUGGGUCGUACAACUCUACUACUCCUUCCAAGAUCCAUCAUACCUGUAUCUCAUCAUGGAAUUCUUGCCUGGCGGCGAUCUCAUGACAAUGUUGAUCAAGUAUGAUACCUUUUCCGAGGACGUGACCAGGUUCUACAUUGCAGAAUGUGUAUUGGCGAUCGAGGCUGUUCACAAACUGGGAUUCAUUCAUCGUGAUAUCAAACCGGAUAAUAUCCUUAUUGACAAGGAGGGUCACAUCAAACUUUCCGAUUUCGGCCUUUCAACUGGUUUCCAUAAACAACAUGACUCAAGUUAUUACCAACGGCUGCUUGAUUCUGCUAAUGGUGUUGCGUCACCAACGACUGCUGCACGCAACAGCGUCAUGGUCAAUGCGAUCCAUCUAACCAUGUCCAACAAGGAUCAAAUCGCAACAUGGAAGGCUAACCGUAGAAAACUCGCGUACUCCACUGUCGGUACACCUGACUACAUUGCACCAGAGAUCUUCUUACAGAAAGGUUACGGCAACGAGUGUGAUUGGUGGUCACUCGGCGCGAUCAUGUUCGAAUGUCUUGUCGGCUACCCACCAUUCUGCUCCGAAUCCACACACGAAACUUACCAGAAGAUCAUUCAUUGGCAGAACUACCUCAUGUUCCCGGAUGACGUUCACCUCAGCCACGAGGCCGAAGAUUUGAUUCGCCGACUCAUCACUUCGCCCGACCGACGCAUGGGCGUGGACCAGAUCAAGCACCAUCCCUUCUUCUAUGGCGUGAACUGGACCAUGAUCCGGAAUAUCGAAGCACCUUUCGUUCCCCGUCUACGAUCUAUCACGGAUACGUCUUAUUUCCCUACGGAGGAGCUCGAGCAGGUCCCCGAAGAGCCUUCUGCCGGGGAUGCGAGUGGUGCCAACAAGGAUCUGGCAUUCUUGGGAUACACGUUCAAACGAUUCAGCAUCUCUUCGCAAGCGUUCUGAUCACUUUUCUUUGCUUUCGAGACGGAAUGUUCUGUAACAUACGCAGGAUCUGGAUUCACUUUGGGCUUUUUCUCUGUACCUAAUAUACUUGGCUUUAAACUAAAUUCGGAACGCGUGGAACAGAUCGACCAGGACGUUCUUGCUUUGAAACCCAAACAAUUGCAAUACAAUAACACUACGAUGAUACGGAUCAGAAUACAUGCUGUGUACAUACACGUUUAAGAUACGAAUAAGAUAGAGGAGGUACGAGUGCAUGUAUGUCUACGUACUUGCAUGACGAAGCUGGGGAAAAGGAAGACCAAAGGAAGACUCUACAAUACUGUGAGGAUGUGCCGAAAAUAGAAUACAAUGAUAACA